GGAAAGGCCAGUGAUGUAUUGAUUACAAGAGACUACCGAAAAAUCAGCUGAGUAGAAAAAAUGUUCAAUAUUUUUUGGCAAUGUGUUCAAGAAACCUGAAUUCCAAAAAACCAAACCUGCCUUUAAUAACUGUAUUACAAGGCAAACUAUCUGCAAUCUACUGCAUCCUAAUUUCCUUUUGGAAAGCAAAGAUGGAAAACCACACCAGGACAAGUGAGUUCAUUUUGGUGGGGUUCACAUCCCACCCAGGAUCCCAAGUCCUUCUGGCUGUUCUCUUCUCCACAAUGUACGUUGUCACUGUGGUGGGAAACAUCUGCAUGAUCCUCACCAUCAGGAUGGAGCCCAGCCUGCACACCCCCAUGUACUUCUUUCUGGAGAACCUGUCCGCCUUGGACAUCUGUUAUUCCUCUGUCAUCACUCCCAGGGCAGCACUGGCAUUCUUGCUGGGCACAAGGAGCAUUUCCUACACUGGCUGUGCUUCGCAGAUGUUCUUCUUCUCUCUCUUUGGCACAACAGAAGCCUUUUUCCUCGCUGUGAUGGCUUAUGAUCGCUUCACUGCCAUCUGCAACCCUCUGCUCUACCAGGUCAUCAUGAGCAGAAGGCUUUGUGUGCUCAUGGUGCUGGGCUCUUAUCUGUCAGGCUGCAUCAACUGCACCAUCCAGACAGGCUUCACCUUCAGCCUGUCCUUCUGUGGGCACAGAGAAAUAAACCACUUCUUCUGUGAAGUGGCUGCAGUGAUGCACACCUCCUGCUCCAACACCCUUGUCAACGAGCUCGUAAUGCUGGCUGUGUGUGGAGCAAUAAUUGUGGGCACUGCCCUGGUGGUUUUUAUCUCCUACAGUUAUAUAAUCAUCACAAUCAUCCAGAUGCCCUCAGCUGAAAGCAGGCACAAGGCCUUCUCCACCUGCUCUUCUCACAUGGUGACAAUCUGCUUGUUCUUUGGGACAGUGUUCUUCAUGUACGCUCAGCCUGGAGCUGCGUCCUCACCCAGCACAAGCAAAACCAUCUCCAUCUUCUACACUGUGGUUAUUCCCAUGCUGAACCCUUUCAUUUACACCCUCCGAAACAGGGAGGUAAAAGAAUCUCUGAAAAAACAGUUAAAAAGGAAAGGGUUUUUUAAGCACCUUUCCUGAAGCUGAGAAUGAGCACAGUGUCCAGUUUGUAAAAUAAAGGACAUCAGGACCUGACUGUACAAUAAAGGACAGAAUUUAAAGUAAAGGACAGCAGGACCUGAAUGUAAAAUAAAGGACAGAAUGUAAAAUAAAGGACUUGCUUUCAAGAGUCUUUUGUGUUUCUAGAUGGUCAGUGAAAGCAGGAUAUAAACAAGUCUAUGAGAAUCUAGUAAUUGUUAUUUCAACUAAACAUUUUUUGAUAGCAUAUCCUUCAAUGGGCAAUAUGUUUGAUUUCUAAGAAUUUAUUUCAUAAGCCUACCUCUAUUACACUUAAAUCACUGAUGCUUACACAUAAAA